AUGACAUCACGUCCUCCAACUUCACCGGCUGAGACUCGAGCCGAUGGGAAUCCAGAACAUACCCAGGACCUCGGGAGUCAUGUUCGACAAUCAGAAGGCGCGAAUAACGAAGGGCAUAACAUUACAUAUAGCGAGACGCGGGGGAAUAUGUCCGCACAACACAAAGAUGUACAUGAAAACUUGCCGGACUUCCAUGACCAACGACAGGAGGAUGAAGAUGGUAGAUACCGGAAUCGAGAGCUUAAACAACAGCAAAUACGAGAUAUCGUCCGCCUCUUCCAAUGCCGGCAUUGUUCGAGGCCGUUCAAAAAUGCCAUAACCCUACCCUGUGGCCGAAGUUUAUGCAGAGCAUGCGUUCCCGCAACCCAUGUGCGAACUAGUAUCACGUAUCCCGCUAUUCCGGAUCGACUUCGAGGCUUCAUGUGUCCUUUCGACGAUUGCUCCAAGGAACAUGCCCUGAGUGAUUGCGGACUCGAUGUAGUUCUCAACAAAAUUAGCCAGCUCAUAGAAGAAGAAAUUCAUCGAGGUCAGCGAGCUGCGACACAGGCAAACCUCUCAACAAGUAUAGGCUUUCGAGAUCCGUGGGGUGUUGCUGGCAUGCCUUCGAUGAAUGAUAACAGCCAUGCUCCUCGGAUAAUUCCAGGUGGCCGGCUGGUGGCGACAUGGUCUUUGGCCGCAGAAGGAGGGUUGUUAGCCGAUGCCGAAGUCACCUAUGAGGACGUUCCGCCGAAGGGCUCUCGGGAAGAUUUCUCAGAUUUCGAUGUCAAAUCUUUGAAUCAUCUGCAAACUAUUACUCGCAAUGAGGUAGAUUGCCAAGUAUGCUAUGCGUUGUUUCACGACCCAUUCACAACGGGCUGUGGACACACUUUCUGUCGCUCGUGCCUACAUCGGACAUUGGACCAUUCGCACCGGUGUCCCAUUUGCCGUUGCACGCUAGCUAUCAACCCGCUACUAAAUCCCGAUCUAUGCCCAUCGAAUGAAUCCAUUACUCGGCUAAUUGAGCUAUUUUGGCCCGAUGAAAAGGCGGUUCGAGACAAAGAUGUCGCGUCAGAUAUCGCUGCGCGGCACCAAGACCUCGACUUACCAUUGUUUGUCUGCACGCUUGCAUUUCCAUCUAUGCCUACCUUCCUCCACAUCUUCGAGCCUAGGUACCGAUUGAUGCUUCGGCGGGUAUUGGAAGGAAAUAGGACCUUUGGCAUGGUCUUACCAAAACGUCCCCGAGACGCUGAUGACACCCAUUUUUACGAACUAGGUACACUCUUGCGAAUCAUCAACGCUGAAUUCUAUCCCGAUGGUCGCAGUUUGAUCGAAACCGUCGGUUUAACUAGAUUCAAGGUUUUGCGGCAUGGAGAGCUUGAUGGGUACACAAUUGCAAAAACCGAACGUGUCGACGAUAUGUCGUUAGAAGAGGAGGAGGCUGUUGAAGCUUCUGAAGCUGUUGCAGCAACUAGGAAUGCUGAUGCUACCGUUUUGAACAGUGAUCUCUCCGCCGGGGUAGACAGUUCUACCGAAGAAGACUCGGACGAGACCAGGCCAGAGACUGAACCAACAGGCAUCCCUCCAAUCCCGAUGACAGCGUCAGAUCUACAAGCGAUGUCGACGCAGAAUCUAAUGAGUUAUGCCACGGCUUUUGUAUCUCGCAUGCGUGGACAAAGUGUUCCGUGGUUAACGGCUCGAAUGUUUGGCAUAUAUGGAGAGUGUCCAAGCGACCCAGCUGUCUUCCCAUGGUGGUUUGCCAGCAUGUUGCCGGUAAAGGACCUCGAAAAAUAUAGACUAUUAGGCACAUCCAGUGUUCGUGAGCGACUCAAGAUUUGUUGCGUUUGGAUUUUGGAGUGGGAAACGACAAGAUGGUAA